UCUAUCACGUGUUAAGGGAUCACUUCAUUAGGUUAUGUUUGGUUUGAAGAGUUAACAGAGAGAUGAAGUGACAAUCGGCAACAAACAUGCCGAUCUUCUGAUCUACGAUUAUCUGUGCGGGUUUUUUAGAGACGUUCUGCAACUGUUUCUGGUUGUGUAUAUUUGCUUGAUUGGGUGUGCACGAAGCUGAGAGGCAGAGGAUCUGGGGUUUGCAGGAAUCGGAAGACAUGCUCAGAAUCUAACAGGCUGACGAAUUGCCUAGUUGAAGGUUGGAAGUUCCUUGCGAAGCAGGAUUGUGGAGGAUACGCCGCGGAAGCGUUUUCUUAACGAACUGCCUCGAUCCGCCUAGAAAUCAAACCCAUAGCACCAUGAUUGUUUGUGUAGCUGUCGUGGGACACAAUAACAAUCCACUAUACCUGCAGAGUUUCGUUGACGAUGACAAUACCCUAAAAUUUCACUACAUUGUUCACUGCUCUCUGGACGUAAUCGAAGAGAAAGUAAGCAAUUCUAAAAGAGCUGGUGUGAAUCUCAAUGAGACAUUCUUGGGGCUUCUCUACCCUACAGAAGACUAUAAAGUGUUUGGCUAUAUGAGUAACACAAAGAUUAAGUUUGUCCUGGUGACUACGGAUCAUGACUUGCGGGAUGCUGAUGUUCGAAAUUUUUUUCGGCGCCUUCAUGGAGCAUAUGUAGACGCAGCAUCCAACCCCUUCCAUGUACCCGGAAAGAGAAUUACUUCAGCAGCCUUUGCUGAGCGAGUUAGCAACGUUGUGAAGACGUUUGGAUUUGGUGCUGCAGCGUAGAGGAGUCAGUCACUUUUGAUUCUCCAUUGUUCAAGGUUUUAGAAUCACGUAAACUCUGUUUACCCUCUGCAGUUGCAAGGGCAUUAAUGCAGGAAAAUCAUCUCAUGACCUUCAUUAUCACUCUUACAAUUCUCAAGAAUUCAGUUCGUCGACGAGUCUCUUAUCGAAGAAAAAGUUUUAAUAGCCUUCUGGUUUUCCAACUGCAAUAAAUUUUGUCGUUUCAGACCAGCUGAUGCCUAUCCUUAUCCUGCACCAGCUGAUUUGGACGCAGAGUGAGGCUAUUUCCUGAA